CUUUUCGAUUGGUUACAAGCAUGUCGGAGCGACUCGCGAUGCUGCCUAGCGCCCCCGCGCCCCGCCGCCACGGGUUCGUUGCGGGCUUGCUGGCGGGCGCCGUCGGAGUCUUCUGCGUCGGCCUCGUCCUUUCCCAGGCUACGCCCCGUGUCGACGUCGAGGGGGUGACAACAACGCUCUCAAGCUCGCCGUCGCUUUCGGCGCUUGCUGGCGUCUCGGCCGCCGACCUCGCGCUUAUCAACACUCCGCUGGAUGCCGCAAGCAAUCUCACAGAGGAAGCGUGGAUCAGCGCUCGCAUUGCCCGCUGGAUCGUGCACGCCAACACGUGGGGCACGAUUGCCACGACCAGCGUGCAUCUCGACGGCGCGCCGUUCGCCAGCAUGAUCUCAUACAGCGAUGGCGUCGGUGCGUCGCCUCGCAACGCGACGGGUCGUCUCUACUUUUACUCGAGCGUCAUGGGCUCGACAGGCAAGGACUUGGCCGCCAACCCGCGUGCGUCGGUCUCGAUCACGAUGGCCCAGCUUGGCCACUGCGCGUACGAUCCUCAGGACCCGACGUGCUGGCGCGUGGUUUUUUCGGGGACCCUAACCCCUGCGGUCGCGGUGGACGACGCGCUCGCGGCGCUCUUCUCAAAGCACCCGCAGAUGAGCUAUUGGCCGCGCGGCCACGAUUUCACAGCGUACGAAAUGCACCCGACCGAGAUUUUGCUGUUGGAUUUUUACGGCGGCGCCAAGCACAUCGAUCCCGCCACGUACUACAGCGUGCGCUUCUAAGCCGUCGGGUCUCUCGCCGCGAGCCGCGGUGGUUGAUUUCUUUCAGAUAUUCAACACCACUUUCGCCACUUAACACCAACACGACGCUUCCUGUCUGCCA